AACUUUCAACCGAAAGUGAUAACACCAUAUCGUUUUGUAAACAUUUAAAGUGUGUACUUGAAUGUGGUUGAGAAGUCUUGUUUCUUUUUACUGUACGUCCGUAAAAUCGGUCAAGAUGAGUAAAAUUCCGGAUCCGAAAAAGAUGUUAAUAAGAGAGCAAGUGGCCGCUAGCAUCGCAGCUCUUACGGCGGAGGAGAAGAAGAGGCAAUCUGAUAUCGUUUAUAAUAAAAUCACAAAUCACCCAUACUACAAAUCAGCGAACAGAAUAGCUAUAUUUAUGAGCACAGACCAGGAAAUCAACACAAUGCCCAUCAUUUCCCACAUCAAGGCUAAGGGAGGUAAAGCAUUUGUACCACAGUACGCUGGAGGGCAAAUGAGAAUGCUGGAACUCGAAGCCGGAGAUGAAGAUAAUAUGCCGUUAACUAGGCACGGGAUAGCGCAGCAUUCGAAAGAUAUACAGAGGGAGGAUGCUUUGAGUCAAGGCUUAGAUUUAAUAAUCGCCCCAGGAGUGGCGUUCACGAAGAAUGGCGGUCGAUUGGGACACGGUGGCGGGUAUUAUGACAAAUACAUCGCCAACCUUCGAGCGAACCCGGCUACUGCUCCUAAGGUACUAGCAGUUGGUUUUAAAUGUCAAGUGUUAGAUGAAGUUCCAAUGAACGAGUCAGACCAAAUAAUUGAUGGAGUUAUAUGCGCGGAAGAUUAACAUGACAUUUUCUAAUAAAUUUGUAAAACAUCAUAUUUCUGUAUACUUAUUUUUGUUACACAUUUUAUGAUAAAUAAAUAAACGCUUCGCUCUCAA